CUACUUCAACGGAAACUCUCGACCGUCGCCCUCGUCGCGCCUCAACAUGGCUACGCAACUCAAUGCGCAAAACUCGCCCAAUAACACUGCCAGAUCAUCAUUUCGAUCCCCAGAAAACUCCACAGAAUGCCUCCCCUGACGACAGUAUUAACGCAUCACUUAGCACUGUGUGCACAGACCUCGCCAGCAUGCCUCACCAUGAUCAGCAAGAAUCUCUCCACUCGCACGAAGACUACAACGAACUCAGCUCCAUCACGACCCUUCCCGCAUCGGAAUUGGAUCCUCCGACGCAGGAAACCAUAACCACUGAGUCCUAUCAACAGACUGAACCAUCUCCGCCGUCCACCCCACUGCCCAGUGCCCCCAUCACCGAGGAGGAUCUCAUCCCCUACUUCGUGUCGGCCUCACUCCACGAUCGAACGGUGGACCUGCCACCUCCUCCCCCGCUGGAAACGAACCUGGACAGCCCCACACAGAUGAACCGCCCACGGCAAACCGGACGACGUUCCGAGGUGCGACCCCGCGUGGUAGCGAUCACAGCCGAACGGGACGCCCUCACCAACCAGCUGAUCAUUCGAACCAGCACAAGCCCGAACCAACGAAUCAGUAGCAACGGCUCGUCGUCAUCAUUCCGCCAGCAGCAGGGCCCUAACGCACAUCACAACCAUCGCCAACAAUCGGCUCAUCACCAUCAUCAACAUCACCACCACCAUCACAAUCGAUACGGCGGGAUGGGAUCGGAAACGAGUUCCAUCGGUUCGUCGCGGAAUCCGAGCCCGGUGUCGCUGCUGUCAACGACCACGUUCAGUUCGAUUGCGUCCGAAAGGCCCCACUCAAGGCCAAGCGACGAUGGCUCAAGGCGCGGUGGCGGUGACGUAACGAGUCUGGCCAUCGGAACGGAAUCGACGAUGACGGCAGCCAACACCGGUACCAAUGCGGCCACCACUCGGAACGGGUCGCUCCACUCAACGGCGAUUACCAUCGGGAACCACGCAACAGUGGACGACGAUUCCGACUCUUCGGAUGACGAUGAAUCGGUUCCGGAAAUGGACCGAAAUGGACGACCGAAACCGCAGUGGCCGCAUAUGCUGUCCCGGGCGAUGGCGUGCAGCUUCUGUACGCUCGGGUUGUUUAACAUGUCCCGGUUCGCCAUCUUCAGUAUUCACUUCGGUGCGAAUUUCAUCGUGCAGUUUCUGAUAUUUUCGUUCCUGUUCGGAAUUCCGAUGCUGUGGCUGCAGAUGGUGCUCGGUUCGAGGGUGCGGGGUGGACCGGUGACGAUGUGGCGAAUCAGCCCGAUCUGCAAGGGCAUCGGGAUAGCACUGAUCCUGGCGCAAGGAUUAAUUUCACUCUACUCGGCCAUCUCACUCAGCUGGGUGCUAGUCUACUUCCGGGAUUCGUUGGUAUCCCGAAGCGAAAAAUACCGGUGGCAGGAGAUAUUCGAAAUGUAUAGAGGACCUGGAAAUCAAUCGUUCCGGCUGUCGGAUACGGUUGCGGAUUACUUCAAUGGCGUUGUGCUUCAGAGGCAUCAACUUGGUCCGGGGGUUCGCGGGACCAACGGCAUCGGAGCGGUGCGUUUCCAAUUGGCAUUCAAUUUGGCCAUCUUGUGGACUUUUGUGUUUGUGGUGUUGUGCAAAGGAAUUCGUUCGUUCGGAAAGAUAGUGAUUGGAGUGUUUAGUUGUGGCUUCGUCGGUCUAAUAGCCGUUACCUCGAAAUUUCUUUCGAUGGUUAAUUACGACAGUAUAAAAAAUGUGUUUCCCGCUACAGAUUGGGCGGAUUUCUUUAUCAACUCCAAGAGUUGGAUGAGUGCAGCACAGGAAACAUUUCUGACGUGGGGUCUGUUAGGAGUUUCGGUGUAUUCUAUUAGCUGCCGAACCAAUCGAAAGGGUGGCUCGAGGAGGAGUAAACGCGAGCUGCGACGAGAUGCCUUGCUGGUUGUGGUAGUGACCCUCACCGGGCUGAUGCUGGCUGCCGCUUUUGGAAGUGCUUGCGUGCAGAUUUUGAAUAAUCGAGGAUAUUACUACUUUCCCGGAUCGUAUGAAAACAUAGGCACGGACAUCUUCCUGCUGCCGGCAGAUCAGCCUCUGCCGCCACAGCACGCCAACAUGCCCACCAAGUGGCUCAUCCGCUACUCGAUGGUUCUUGGUGAAAGUUUCAAACGACCGUACGCCAACCCCCACCAGGAAAGUGGCUACCAGGUGCUCCGUCUGGUGACGGAACUGUUCCCGACGCUGGCCGCCGCUACCCAAGAACACAUCGCCCCCAUUUGGAGUCUGCUCGGCUUCCUGACGCUGCUGAUGUUCGGACUGGGACAGCUGUGCGCCAUGUGGAAACCGAUAGCCGGUGCGAUUGGUGACUCGCCGUCGUCGAUUGUGCUCAGCUGCGUGACCGGAUUGUUUAUGGGCAUACCGCUGGCCACCGAGAGUGGCAUCACGAUCAUCCACUAUCUGGACAUGGUGCUCGGAGGAGCGUGGUGGUUGCUGCUGCUGUGGAUAGGGCAUAUUUUGGCCAUAUUUCUGGUGCGUGGGAGACCUUUGACCAGUGAUAUAUUGGUGAACGAUCUAUGGCUGGGCCAAACUUUUUCUGCGUUUAUUGCGUUCGCGUGGAACUUCCUGAUGCCGAUUGGAAUGAUCUUUUUGUGUAUCAUGGAAUAUCGUGUUUCCAACUCGAACUCGUUGUUUAACUGGAAGCAUGGAGGGUAUUGGCCAUUGUGGGCUCGACAAAUUGGCGGAUUCAUUCAGGUCGCCUUUCUAUUAUUGGUUCCUGUGGUGACGGUGAUACAAAUUUAUCGUUACCUGAGCAAGGGACCUCCGGAUAUUCUGGAUCGAUUUGAUCUUCUACUAAGGCCAACUAUGGGAUCCCGUGAUGGAACUUCGAAUGGCAACAACAGUAGAAUGCAAUAUACGCGUCGACCAGCGCCGCCACUUCCGGUGCGUACCAUCAAUUCUGGUUCGACGAUGAUUUCACUCGAAUCGAGGCCACCCCAGGACGAUGCACCGCCCAAGUAUACACCACCUCCGUCCUAUACCACGGCCACCGGUGCCAGAAUUGCCAAAAUGUUACGUAACAGCAUCCGUCGCAGCGUACGAAGGAUCAUAGGCGAAUCGAGUGGCAACCGUCAGCGAGCUCCCAUCCCAGUGCACAGUUCUGCCAAUCCCGCUGGCGACGAACUGCCUCCUCCGGAUUACUCCACUAUUCUGUCGAACCACACGCUGCCAUCGGGUAACACUGUUUCGCUUCCCCCGUCCGGGCUUGAAAUGGGUCCUCGAGUGCUGUACAACAGCGAAACUCUUAGCGGUCGUCGCCGCCAUCGGUCGCUGACGACCGGCAACGGAACACAACAGCAGCUUCCGCAACAAAACCUGACCGCAAACGAUGUUUUACAAAUCCUUCGUCCGGUGACCAGCAGUCACAACAGUAACGCAAUGCCCGCCGACGAGCCGUCAUCUCUGAACCGAACGCCUUCGUUCGCUGUGGCGGCCACAGCCGCCAUCGGAUACGGUAACGUUGAUCUAGUGGUGAGAAAUUCCCUCUCGCGGCGCCAUUCGGUCGGAGGAUCAGUCGAGAACUUGGUGCUUGGAGCUGCACCCAUUGGCGAUUCCAGCAUUAUAACCCUUGCGGUGGACGAUGACGACGACGACUACGCCCGAAAUGACGCGGAACGACGCCGGAAUGGUAACGAUUCUGUGAUAUGAAAUUGAGGAAUUCGUAUUGUGCAUUACUGUUAGGAAACCAGAAUUACGCUUCAGGUGUUUUCAACAUAGAAUAUGAUCUACUUUGCGCUUGUAGCCGAACCCGCGAGCACAUAAUUUCGUCCUACACAUUUCACUUACUUCAAACAAAUGACUCACAAUAAUUUAUUCGUAGAUAACGCAAAAAGGAUUAAUCGCUUUCAAUUCACGCGUGAUGUAGACUAGGGUUCAGCGUAGUGUAAAUUUUGGUUGAGAUGAGAUUGAAUGACGACGAUAAAUAAUUAGAAUUUAGCUUUUAGUGAUGUAAUUCAAACUUGACCCCGUCCGAUAUAAGAAUCGAUUUUGUAAUAUGAGUAUAUAAGGAAUGAAA